CAGCGCGAGGCUGCUUGCGGAAACACAAAACUAAGGCAAACUACGGUUCAGACACCAUUUAACACAUGGCUUCAUCUCAGUGUAACGCCUCCACAAGGGUCAGCGCACACACGCAGAGCUGCUGUCCACUCUGAAGACUUUUUACAGAAGUUUGGGCUGAAGAGAGAAAGACGUUUUAACCGAGAAAGUAAGGAGAAUACCGGGAUUUUUACGGUUCGACGGCGAAAUUAAUGGUUUUGAAGGACUCCUCGCAUGCGAUGAAAGGCGUUGACAUUUCCAAGGGUCCCUCUGAGCGGGAGCUGCCAGACUUUGACCUCAUCCAAGAAAUCAUCAUAGAGGACAGUGAUUGGUUGGGCGCCUCCCUCCCUAGGCCUCCUCCUCCUCCUGUAGACCUCCUACGCCAGGACCACGAGAUGCUCACACAGAGCUCAUCGCCAUCGUCCCAGCCCGUGCUGGUGGCACGAGGCACUGCGUGUCAGCCAACGUGCACCUUCCCCCAGCUGCCGCAGCAGACGUGCACUCCCAGGGAAAUGGCUCAUCCUUCCCGAGGAGCCUCCUCUCAUGCCAGCUCCCCUCGCCGCGGUCGUGGCUCCUCGUGUUUGCUGGCCUCCAGGAACUCCGGUGGCGUCUCCUCUCAAGGCCAGGGUGAGACGGAUAUGCUGGAGCGGGUUCUGGAGAAGCCCAAACUGGUGGUGGUGGAAGAGCCCAAAGAAAGAGGCAUGAGAUUUCGCUAUGAGUGUGAGGGACGGUCAGCCGGCAGCAUCCUGGGGGCGUCCGGCACAGAAACCAACAAGACUCAGCCUGCGAUUGAGAUUCAGGGUCCCAUCGACCACAUAAAGAAGGUCACAGUCACCGUUUCCUUGGUGACCAAGGAUCCUCCACAUCGGCCUCACCCCCACUGCCUCGUGGGUAAAGACUGCCCGAACGGUUCGGGAAUCUGCAUGGUGACAAUGAACCCUCACAGCAACCGACGUCACAGCUUCUCUAACCUCGGUAUCCAGUGUGUGAGGAGGAAAGAGCUGGACGUUUCACUUCAGAAGAGAAGAAGCCAGAAUAUCGACCCUUUUCAAACUGGUCACUCAAAGGGCAUUGAAGACAUGGACAUGAAUGUGGUGCGUCUGUGUUUCCAGUGUGAGCUGGACUGGGAGGACGGCAGGAAAGACUGUCUCAACCCAGUGGUGUCCAACCCGAUCUACGACAAGAAGGCCACAACUACAUCACAGCUGAAGAUCAGCUGUUUGAACCAGAACAGAGGUUCCUGCAUUGGCAAGACAGAGAUCUACAUGUUAUGUGACAAAGUACAGAAAGAUGACAUAGAGAUCAUUUUCCGACGAGGGCAGUGGAAAGCAAACGGAGAGUUUGCCCAGACAGAUGUGCACCGACAGAUCGCCAUUGUGUUCAAGACUCCUCCCUACCAGGACCAGGACAUCACAGAGGAGGUCGAUGUCAACGUCUACCUGCGUCGUCUCUCAGACCAGAUGACAAGCGAGCCGGUCCCCUUCACGUACCUGCCACACAACCCAGAUCCAUAUGAGGUGAAGCGGAAGAGAAAGAUAAAGUCGGACAUCAGCUUUAGAGACAAACCUUGUGCCACAGCAGAGAGAGCACCUGCAGCAGAGCAGCCCUUCCACUUCCCGCAGGCUCAAACCAUGAUGCCAGACGAGAGGCUCUGUGCUGCCCCGACUACGGCCUCCGCUUUGGGGGAAAUGUGUUACAACGAGCCCCAGGACCCUAACAUGAGCACUGAUGACCUCCUUAAUCAGUUGAUAGAAAUGCCUGCAUUAUGGGAAAUGUUUUCCGACCCGAACUUCACCUCGUCGAUGCCCACCGGCUUUGAGCUGGGGGCCGACCUCAACUCCUCGUUUGCCAACAUGGAUGUGAACUUAAACCAGAACUUUGGUGUGUACCAGCCGGACUUUUCCCAUUUCAGCGACGUGCAGUUCAACAGGCUUGUCACUGAGAACCAGACUCAGCCACAGUCAGAGCCACAGGACUGCCCCUCCAACGUGGUCCACGUGAAGACGGAAGAGGAGCUAUGAGGACGUGAUGGUCAGGAUCAUGUAGCACAGUUACGCACUCUUUCUGUCCACAUGAAAGGAACAGUUUGACAGUGUGAGACGUGCGCUUUUUUCCACUUUCUUGCUGACAAUUAGAUGAUAUCACUCUCAUGUCUGUAUGCUAAAUAUGAAGCUGCAACCUGGAGCAGUGACUUGUUGUCACUGAUUUCAACCAAGAAAUAGUCUGGCACAUGACUCCCUGUAAAACAACAACAGCAAGCAAACACUUGGGUUUUUAUACAAUGGAACAAACAAGAUAUUGUUAAUUAGCAAGCUUUAGAGGUGCUGGUAGGUGGAUUUUGUUGCCUUUGGACGCUGGUGCCAGUGUCAUAUUUACCAUACAGACAUGAGAGUUGUGUCAAUCCCCAAUAUCUUUGUCUGACAGCCUUGCUGGUCAAGGCUUUAGCAAACAGGAGCGGGUUAACAUUCCUUACUAUUUGCCCGUAAAUGCUGCUAGCAUUAAUCUUAAGGCUUACAGAUCAUUAGAAGGUGACUCACAUUCAUCAUGUAGCUUUAAAAGAGAACUGAUGAACUUCAACCAAGAAACAGUCUGUAACCCUCCAUAAAGUGCUGUGUAUUAUAGUAAAUCAUUUGUGAAGUAAAACUAAAAUGGCAGUAACGUACUGUAGGCUUGUUUUGUUUGCUUCAGUGUGAUUCUGGGAAGACGACCUGACUCCCUACUAGAAGUUGUCAGCAGUAGUUAAUGGAUUAUAGUUUUUAAAACAAAAAAAAAAAUCUCAAGUAGUUUUAAUCUGAGUAGUUUCACCUUUGCUCUUGUGUGUUAUUAGUGUUUAAUAUUUAAUCAACUUAAAUGCAAUAGAAACCAGUCCUUCUUGUAGCCAUAGUGCUGUGUGUGUCAGUUCCCUUUGUUCUGCAGUUUCACUCUUGUGCUAAGCAAGCAGAUCUCGUCUCGCUGCUUGUCACAGCUCUGCCCCCUCGCUGUAGCACUGUGGUGUAAAUAUGUCAAAAAUAAAAAAUAAAAUGUCAAUGUCAGUCCAAGUUA